UCCUGAUUGGCCGCGUGAGUUUGUUAUUUGUUUAUGACUAGCAUGUGCGUUGCAAGGAACAGCAGAGAGAUUAUUUCUUUACAGAAACGUUGAUAAUUCAUAGUAAUUGAGAGAACUGAUUUUCCAACCGACUGCGCUCCUUGCAAAAUGGUCAGAAAAAUUCGGUCACGUGAGGUGCCGACGGAAGAAGAGUCGCUUAAUUCAGCUUUGGAAGAUGAAGGUAUGAAUGAAUUCGAUGACAUGAGUUUGGAGGAAAAGAGGCAACUUCUCCAAGCCAUAAAGGAUUCCAAGAACCAAAGUAUGCAUAUGGUGGAUGCCCCUAAAGAUGGGGCAGUUGUAUCGUCAACAACUUUAGAGAAGAACAAAGGAGACAAUAUUGUUGUUCAAAUUGAUGACAGCAAUGAAAGCACAGAAUGCAGUGACUUCAGCUCCAAAGAAAACAGAAAAGCUGCUGAUCAAUCUUCUGGUUUCCAAUCAUAUAACUCAUAUGAAGACGUACCCCAAAGCCCAGCAACAUCUCCGAAAAAGACUGAAACCCAGCUCGUUGAAAAAACAGCUCCGUCACCUAGCGAGUUCGAACAGUUUCAAAUUUUGUCGUCGGGCAUGAAUAUCUUGGAUCACCAGGUUGAACCUUCCCAGGAAGUGGCCCUAUCCUGUGAAGUACACUUGAAAGCACAACAAAAACUCAAAGCUGAGUGCAAUAGAGUUCCUUGGUAUUUUGAUGCAAAGCUUGGAAUCUCUAAGGAAGAGCACUUCUGUGCAGUUAAUAGGGAGAUGGAAAAACUAACUGAAAAAUCUGCCAGACAAGAGCUGUCUAAUUUGCAAUUUCUAAUGCGUUUCACAAAAAAUGGUGACUGUUACAAUCGAGAAAUUCCAAUUUAUGAGUUGUUGCCUUAUGGAUUUAUACCUAAAGAAGUUCCCUACAGUGAAGUGAUUCCUAAGGACAAGCAAACUUAUGCUAAGAAGAGACGUCUCUCAGAAAGCGAAGACAAUAGAAGUAAUGAUGACAGUGAUGAUGAUUUCAAGUCUCCAAAAGCUAAAAAGGUGUCUUCGCCUAAGAAAAUUGUUAUCAAGCCCAGACUUAUAAAUUUAGAAGAUGAAAAUGUCAACAAAGUGAAGCCUGGGCCUAGCAACGAAACAAAUUUCAGUCCAGUGAAAGAAAUGGAAGAAGACGAUGAUAUAGUGGUUGAGGGAUCUCAAUCUCCUCAGGUGCAACCUUUGGUUCCAGACGAUCUACUGGACUGCCCACUGUGCUUUUGCAAAUUCGACAAAUUUGAAAUUGAGGCCCAUUUUGAUCUUUGUGACCGUAGCUCAAAUACUGAGCUAGUUGAUGGACGCUGCCCAUUUUGCCACAUUGAAUUGCCUGGCGAAUUUUUAAGAGAAAAGCACAUGAGUAAGUGCCUGAGCAAACAGGCAGCCCAUGGGAUAGUACCAUCCAUCCAGACCAUGUUCUCGAAUGACAAGCCAGUCAACAAUCUUAACGAUUCAAGAAGUGAUGAUUCGGACUUGAGCGAUGCAUGUGAGGAAACUAUGGUGGAAAAGAAAUGUUUGGAAAAUUUGUAAGAAAAAUACUUGUAUUUCGGACUUGAGCAUGUAACCAAAUUUCAAUUGACAUCCACUAUUAAUAAGAAAAUUUUUAAUUUCUUGUGGGAGCUCAAUUUCAAUACACAAUGUACAUUAGAACCGAUUAAAACUCUAAUUAUUGUAA